UUUCAGAACUUCGUCACGUCCAUCUCGCGCGUCCAAUUCCGAGUAUGGCCAUGGCAUCGUCGUGUUCCCGUGCUAUCCGCCUUUCCCUUCCGCGCUCCCGACAUUCAAUACUCUCCACUUCGCGAAGAUGUCUGGCGACAGCUACAGAACCGGCCAAGUCUACCCCACCACUACCACCGUCGACUUCCAAGGACGCAACGAUAAACCGCAUCGUCGAUGACAUUUCCGGUUUGACCCUCCUACAAGCUGCUGAUCUUGUUACUCUCCUCAAGUCGCGCCUCAAUAUCCAAGAAAUUGCCAUGCCAGCCGCGGCGCCUGCAGCAACAGCAGCGCCCACGGCUGCCGCUGAUGAACCCGAAGCAGAGAAGCCCAAGGAGAAGACUGUGUUUAACGUCAAGCUCGAGUCAUUCGAUGCUGGGUCCAAGCCAAAGGUCAUUCGGGAGGUCAAGGCACUGGUGCCAAAUCUUACUCUCAUAGACGCAAAGAAAUUCGUAGAAUCACUACCCAAGGUGCUCAAGGAGAACUUGCCAAAGGAGGAGGCGGAAAAACUCAAAGCGACGUUCGAGGCUCUGGGCUCAGUCGUCACCUUGGAUUAAAACUACUCUCCAGCUCAGGGAAUCUAUACAAUCAUAUAAUCACAAAAU